GAGAAGUGAUCUUAAGUAUCCUUUCAAGUUUUCGAAAUAGAACGAUGCAGAUCGAUGAAAGCGUUGGAAGUGAUUAGAAAUUUAUGAAAUCAAUAGAUGCACGGUGUUUUUCCAUAUUGUUAACUUUUCAUGGGUAAACAACAAAGGCAGGCAUUAGUGUUAUUUGUACAAUAAUUUUCUGAGAUAACGUGGUUCGUGACUAUGGAGGUUAUAUCUUUCUAGCAAUAUCAUCAUUAUUCGAAUGAUGAAUAAUUUGAAUAAACUCGUCAUGGAAACAGAGUUUUCAAUUAAAACAGAGAACAAGUUGAAGAGGCGAUCAGCUUCUUCUGAUAGCAAUGUUUCUGAGAGGAAUAAAAAGAGACGAAACGUUUGCAAAGAUAAGAGGAAGAAGUCAAAGCGCAGAAGUAGUUCCAACAGUUCCAGUUCUUCUAGCAUUUCAAGUUCGGAGAGGAAUGUACAUAAAGCGAGGAAGGGCAAAGAUGGGGAUACAGAACAUAAAGUUAAGAAAUAUGAAAAUGGAUCAGAGUCACAGAAAAGGGGUGGAAAGUACAGUAAUGAUCAUAGAUUGUAUUACAAGAGAUACAACAAUUUUCAAGAUAAUCAAAGAGAUUAUGGCUAUUCACGACCUUAUAACAAUUCACGACCUUACAGACACUAUAAUUAUUAUGACAAAAAUAAGAGGGGUGCGUAUAACAAUCAUUACUAUAAUAGAUACAAUAAUAGAAGUUAUGACAGAAGCACUGGUUAUGGUAGAUCGAGGAUGCAAGAUUAUCAUAAAAAUACCAGCAAAGAUGCAACUAGUCAACCUGUGCGAGAAAACAGUUCAAAGGAGCGCACAAAUCAACCGCGAGUUGUCUCAAAGAUGGAAAGAUCUGAUUCAAUAAAAGAUAACAUGGAAGUAGUUGAGCAAGUCAAAGACAAACAGAAGAGAAAAGCAGAUAGUGCACAAGACCAAACUCAGUUAAAUCGUAAAAAAUCAAAAAGGAAGAGAUCUUUAUCCAGUUCCAGUUCCUCCAGUGUCAGUAGCAGUAGCAGCGACAAUAGCAGUAGCAGCUCUAGUACCAGUAGUAGCAGUGAUACUGGUACUAGCAGUAGCAGCAGCAGUACUGAUAGCUCAGAAGAUGAAAAGAAGCGAAAGAAAGCCAAAAGGAAGGCUAAGAAAUUGAAAAAGGCCAUAAAAAAACGGAAGAAGAAGAAGCGAAUGAAGAAACUUAAGAAGAAGUACAAAAAGUAUACAUCUAAGAAAAAGGGACACGGUAAGAAGUCGAAAGAAAAUAAAGAAGAAGGAGGCAAAGAGAGUAAGGAAAUUUUUUCGGAAGUAACAGAAAAAGCAAAAGCUAUGGCACCUAUGACAAAAGAGGAGUGGGAAAAAAGACAGAGUAUUAUGCGCAAAGUUUAUGAUGAAGAGACUGGAAGAUACAGAUUAAUCAAAGGUGACGGAGAAGUUUUGGAACAGAUAGUAAGUCGGGAGCGCCAUAAGGAAAUUAACAAACAGGCAACCAAAGGAGAUGGUGAAUACUUCCAAGCACGCUUAAAAAUGAGCACUCUAUGAAAUAUUUUUUUAUGCAACAAACCAUAAUUAGUCUUUACAUGAACUGUAUGAUUAUGUUAUAUCAUAAUGUAUAAUCUACCUUGUAACACAUAUAGUAUAAAUAUAAACGAUAAAUUGUA